AACAGCGGACCAUUCGAAGAAGUGUGCCUACUGAUCGUACCAUCUUUUUCAACAAUACAUUACGUCGCCACACAACUGUCCACUGAUAGACACUUAAGUCUACCCUUGAACACCGAUUAUGAACAUCGAAACACAACAGAAAUAUCCACACAGACUAAACAGAAAUGGUAUAUUGUACUUAUUUUAUUUGAAAAAAACGCGACUGAAUCACAAAGAUCAACAAACAAUGCUAACUUGGAGAAGUUGCGAGAUUGCCUUACGGCGAUCAAGAAAGAGAAUAAUAUUAACAGGCGCAAGAAAGCAAUGGCCUUGUUAGAUGACUUUGAGCCUUGGAUAAAAUCAACCAGUUGCGAGUCGUACUGGUUACAAGUAGAAACCUCACUCAGCAUGUCAGCACAUGAAGUGACAGGACGAAAAGCGGCAUAUAGAACCAUCAAAAAUUUUACACAGAAGGUUAAUGACGAGGAAGAAGUUAUGGAUGAAUUUCAACCACCGCUAACAAGAGCUAGAAAGAGAGCUAGGAAGGAACUCAAACCAGAGAAUCAGGCAAUUGACAAAGAUGAAGAUGAGCCUAUAUCCAAACAAAAUGCCCGCGAUGUGCUUAAGGACGAUGAGAUACAAUCAACUCACAUAAAUGAUUAUUCUAGUUCCCGUGAACCAACGGAUGAAGAGAUUCCUCAAGAAAACGAAGAGGAAGCAGAAACUGAAAAGGAGUUGGAUAUCAAUUAUAUUGAAAAUCCCCUCUCAGAAAAUGAGGAGAGAGAAACUAUUCUGAAUGAUAUUCAAAGCCCUGAUGGUGAUCUAAUUGACCUCCGGCUGAAUUCGCCCUUUUUUAAAAAACUCCCAAGACAAAUAGCAACAUCAUAUAUGACAGAAAUGGAUAAUAUUACAGAGUCAUUAGUUCCCAAAAAUGUUCAUGAAUUCCUUGUAAAAUUUUUUUCACAAAAUUUGUCAGCAAAGGAGUGGAAUUACCGAAUUGACGAUUUGAGAGCACCAGAAAAAGAUGAUUUUAUAUUGAACACAGUAGUUCGAGUUCUGCGACAUACAUUGCCACAAUUUAUUAAGGCGUUUUCACUUGAAGAGCAAAACCCACUCUUUAAUGUUACUACCUUAGAACAUGCACAUCUUAAUGCAUUCGUCCAUCCAUGUAUUGACACUUUUUUGUGGUACAUCGCAGACAUACAUUAUGAAUAUGGUGAGAUCUCGUCGAAAAAUCAUAUUAAUCGCAACCGAGCGGACGGAGUCGGGUUUAUGACGGAUGCUGAUAAACAUCAGCUUAUAUAUUUGGAAGGCUCCAGACCAAUGGCGAAGGAUAAGAAGGAGAUUGAUGACACAACGAUUACCGAAAAAGCUGUAUAUUUUCGGUGGUCAGAGUUUUCGCCUCCGGAUACAUUUAUAUUUUCUCGACUAUUGCGACUAAAUGAGGUCGAUAAUGCUAAUCUUCCUCGGAAAUUUUCUGAAAUGAAAUCUUUUGUUUAUUUCUAUGAAUCUAUAUUAAAAUGGGCGUUACUGGUACGUGAUGUUACAGCAUCUUUUGAUAAUGCAAGAACUGAGCAAAGACCAUCACGACUUUCAUUUGCGGAUGCUCUUCUUCGACUGGGCGACUGA